AUGCAGUCGGAAGCGGGUGCUAUCGCUACCGUGCAUGGCGCUUUGCAGACGGGUGCCCUUUCAACAUCGUUUACGUCAUCGCAGGGUUUGCUGCUGAUGAUCCCGACGCUGUACAAACUGGCAGGCGAACUCACACCGUUUGUCCUGCAUGUAGCGGCACGUACCGUUGCCACACAUGCACUCUCUAUUUUUGGCGAUCAUUCCGACGUCAUGGCGGUGCGCCAGACGGGUUGCGCGAUGUUGUGUGCGGCAAACGUCCAGGAAGCGCAAGACUUUGCUCUCAUUUCGCACAUCGCGACGCUGAAAAGCCGCGUGCCAUUUAUUCAUUUCUUUGAUGGUUUCCGCACGUCCCACGAAAUCAACAAAAUUGUCCCGCUGGCCGAUGACACGAUUCUUGAUCUCAUGCCGCAGGCCGAAAUUGAUGCUCAUCGCGCCCGGGCACUCAACCCGGAACAUCCGGUGAUCCGCGGUACGUCCGCCAAUCCUGACACUUAUUUCCAGUCUCGCGAAGCCACCAACCCAUGGUACGACGCGGUCUAUGACCAUGUUGAACAGGCGAUGAAUGAUUUCUCUGCCGCGACAGGUCGUCAGUAUCAGCCGUUUGAAUAUUACGGGCAUCCGCAAGCGGAACGGGUGAUUAUCCUGAUGGGCUCUGCCAUUGGCACCUGUGAAGAAGUGGUUGAUGAAUUGCUAACCCGUGGCGAAAAAGUCGGCGUGCUGAAAGUUCGCCUGUACCGCCCCUUCUCAGCCAAACACUUGCUACAAACUCUACCGGGAUCCGUACGUAGCGUGGCGGUACUGGACAGAACCAAAGAACCCGGUGCCCAGGCAGAACCGCUCUAUCUGGAUGUGAUGACCGCACUGGCAGAAGCCUUUAAUAAUGGCAAGCGCGAAACUCUGCCCCGUGUCAUUGGUGGGCGCUAUGGUCUUUCAUCCAAAGAAUUUGGCCCGGACUGUGUACUGGCGGUAUUUGCCGAGCUCAACGCGGCUAAACCGAAAGCGCGCUUUACGGUUGGUAUUUACGAUGAUGUAACCAAUCUGUCCCUGCCGUUGCCGGAAAACACCCAGCCAAACUCGGCGAAACUUGAAGCCUUGUUUUAUGGCCUUGGUAGUGAUGGCAGCGUUUCCGCGACCAAAAACAAUAUCAAGAUUAUCGGUAAUUCCACGCCGUGGUACGCACAGGGCUAUUUUGUUUACGACUCCAAAAAGGCGGGCGGCCUGACGGUUUCUCACCUUCGAGUGAGCGAACAGCCGAUUCGUUCCGCUUAUCUCAUUUCCCAGGCUGAUUUUGUUGGCUGCCACCAGUUGCAGUUUAUCGAUAAAUAUCAGAUGGCUGAGCGUUUAAAACCUGGCGGCAUUUUCCUGCUCAACACACCGUACAGCGCAGAUGAAGUGUGGUCGCGCUUGCCGCAAGAAGUUCAGGCCGUGUUAAACCAGAAAAAAGCGCGCUUCUAUGUGAUUAACGCGGCGAAAAUCGCCCGCGAAUGUGGCCUGGCGGCCCGUAUUAAUACCGUCAUGCAGAUGGCUUUUUUCCAUCUGACGCAAAUUCUGCCUGGCGAUAGCGCCCUCGCAGAAUUGCAGGGUGCGAUUGCCAAAAGUUACAGUAGCAAAGGCCAGGAUCUGGUGGAACGCAAUUGGCAGGCUCUGGCGCUGGCGCGUGAAUCCGUAGAAGAAGUUCCGUUGCAACCG